AUGUGGCAUAAUAAUGGAUAUGGAAAUAAUCCUCCACUUCAGAGUAACUUCAAUCAAAAUAGCUAUCCAUCCUCACCUUUUGGGGGUAGUUCCGCAAGCCACCCUCAACAGCUCUUUCAACACCAGCCAGACAUGAUGCAAUUUGAAGACUCUACUGCCGAAGGCUUCAUGGCCAAUGACUUCCAGCCCGAAAUAGGACUGUACAAUGAGGGGGCGCUUGUGCAAAAUCAGUUCAAUCCUCACACUCAAUUUUCCCCCCCUCAAAUCAAUAUACCCCAAGCCAUAAACGCGAAUGCUCCCCGCCCUAACCCCCAAAUCAACGCUCGGGCAGCCGAGUUAAAGGCACAAUUGCUGAAGGGGAGAGAGGCUCGUUCCAGUUCAUUCACUCCCCCGGUCGGAGCGAAAAAGACGGUCGCUCCAGGACAGGGAAUGUCUAGGGAGCCUCCAAGCUUAUCGCAUGCAUCUCCAAAACCCCCAGUGACCGCAGCUGAAAACCGUGAGCAGGCACUCAAUAUAAACGAGCUCAUCUCCCAAUAUGCCGAUACGGAAAAGGUUCCCAGUGCAAGUGUCAAGCAGAAAGAGAACCUUAAUACCGAACCCCCAGUUUUUAGCCCACACCCACUGUCAGCACAGCAUCCCACGCUUUCCGCGAAGUCGCAACCACUCUCGUUAGGAAGCCCUACGAAGGUCUCAAAGCAAGUUGCUAAUGGCAAAAUGGAUGGGAUUACUACAACGGUCAAAGAAAGUGACAAAAGACGUACUAGCAAUGCAUCCAGUGCAGACAUGUCAGAAGGUGAAAUAUUGGAAGAAGAAGCUCCUGAAAAGCAAACACCUCCAACCCAGCCCAAGGAACACCAGUCCCCCUCGAAGAUGCUUAAUAAAGAUGAACAACUAUCUCGAAGUUUACGCGAUCAAAUAUCGAGACCUUACGGUUAUGGUCUACGAGAUGAAUCACCAGCAUACCGUGGUCCUCCUGCCAAUCCCAAAGCCCAACCCCAGCGCAACCAUGGCGACGGGCGCGAGGAGCCACAAUCUCGCCCAGACAGAAAACCAUAUCCGUCGGAUAGCAGGGCUGAACCAAAGCCAUACAUUGAAAUGGACAUGAUGCCAUACCGGCCUCGUGGCCCUCGUGAUGAAGAGCACGGCAAUCCUCAAUCGAAGCGUGCGUCAAAACGUGAGGGACCCGAGCCCAUCUCCAGAGAACGAACACACACUACCCUUGCAGACAUUCUCCCUCAAGACGAUGAUUUGAAAGAAUGGCUCGAAAUUACAGGCUAUCACAAUAUUCCUUACAGGGAUAAGGUUCUAAGCCGUCGUCGGGCACUUGCAAAUUUAGAUGCUCAGCGGAAGAUGAUUCUUGCAGAUAUUGAAGCUGAGGAAAGGGGUGGCCUUCCACCAACUUCUGCCAUUCAGACCCCAGCUGCGAUGCUACCACCGCCGAUACCGGAAAAAUCAAGGAACAGCGCCGAACCUAUGUCAAUGUCGAUGCUGACAGUUCCUGACGUGCAACCGCGUAGGGUCUUUUCUAACAAACGAGCUUAUAGUAAUAUUGAAGAUACGGAGGAUGGAGGCUUGGCAAAGGUUGCCCGUAUUGACGACCGAGUUCAAGAGCCACGAGUUAAAGAGGAAGAGUCCGAGCAUUAUCGCCCAAGAUCCAGUGGGUUUUCAUCGUCUCGUCGAUCAUCCACGGAUCUUCGUAAUGAGAGAGACUCUUCACGUCCCGGGUACGAUAUCGACAGCAGUACAUAUGGCCGAGGCCGCAGCCGUGAACGGGAUGAUUCAGCCGGACGAAGAGUAUAUGAGCGGAGAUCAUCUCAGCAUAGACCAUAUGGCUCAGACGACCCUCGUGACCGCGAUGAGCACCGAGGAAGACGCCCGUUUGUAGAGGUUGGUAGAUACAAGGGUCGUGCUUUUGAUCCCAACUAUAGGGGUCGAGCUGGUCGUGGAAGGGGACGUGGUUCACCAGGCCAUUUCGAGGCGAAGUAUGAUUUAGGCUUCGGCUCUAGAAUCGCAAAUGGAAAGCCAUACAAGGAUCCCAAGGGCUAUAAUGGAGGCGUAGAAGGUGACACUCGAUAUUUUAUUGUAAAAUCUUUUAACGAGGAGAAUGUCUUGAACUGCAUCGAAGAUUCUGCCUGGACCACCCAAAUCCAAAACGGGGCCAUCUUCAAGGAGGCAUUCGAGUCCUGCAAGAACGUCAUACUAGUAUUUUCAAUCAAUAAGAGCAAAGCAUUCCAGGGAUAUGCUCGAAUGGAAUCGCUUCCCGGAUCCGUUGAGGUUCCCGAAUGGCAAACAGCAAUCAACUGGGAGAGCGCUGGUGCUUUCAGAGUAAAAUGGCUUGUCGUCUGCCCCACGCGGUUCAGCCGUGUUGGGCAUCUCACGAACCCAUAUAAUGAUAACCAUCCCGUACUAAUCGGUAAAGAUGGCCAAGAGAUAGAGGAAAAGUGCGGUGCAGCACUUAUUGAACUAAUUGACGAGGAAUAUAGAGAGACUGCUGACUUCUGGAGAGAUUCGGAAGAUGGAGUGAAUUGGGAAUAUUAUUGA